AACAAAUCCCAUUUAACAGGAAAUCACUUCCAAUACAUUUUCCGUCAUUAAAGUACUUUAGUACAAAAAUAUGAGUUCAUUUCAAAUCGGAUGUUAUCGCCAUGAUGUGUCUAAGCAACAAAUGGCCAUACGACUGCUUGCCGAAUUAUAAGAUAGGAGUCGAGAAAUGUGAAAUUUGUGAUGCGGGUGAAUACGGCUGUAAUUGUUCCACGCCCUGUGGGGCCAACAGCUACGGUGUUAACUGCUAUGAAACAUGUCACUGUACACAGGACCAGAUAUGUGAUCCUCAGAAUGGAUGUCUAGUAGUCAAUAUCUCUACGAAAACGCCAGAAACCCAGUCUGCAGAAUAUGACAUGAUGACGUCAGAUCAGUUCAACGUUUUCUUCAGCAACAUCACCACGUCUCUUCUGGUUUCCCUGGCAUUUGUCGUGAUUGUCAGCGUCAUCUGCGGUUUCAUUCUCAUCAAGUCAAGUAAAAGAUAUUACAAACGUGAAUAUCAACGAAUGCUGAGUAACUUAAUGGAGGGAAGGCCAGGGGCUGGAAAUGAGUAUCAUGGUUACAGCUCUGCAGACUCAUUGACCAACUUCAGACUCUUUCCUUCAGGCGGCGAAGAAAAUACGUACGAUCAUACCGAUAGAGGCGACUACCACAUUCUGUCUCUCAGACAUACGUCACAGAGGGCGUGUGUUUACGACGGACAAUGUCCUCUGAUGACGUCAUUUCACGUCCAGACUCCACAAACAACUGCUGAAAUAUCACCAUCGCCUGAUAUCGAAUAUCUAGGUAUUAACAUUGAACCAGAAUGUUUAAUAAAUCUCUUUAGAGAAUCGGAAGAUGACUUAUUUAGCACUGUCAGUAAUCAGGAAAUCAUAUCCGAGAUCCAGAGUGACAGUGAAAAGGGGAAUUAUGAAAAUUACAGCGGAUGUGACGUGAACAGUGGGAUCCUGAACACAGGAAGCGUGCUGUCUUAAAAUAGAGACGCUGUAUAGGACGAUACACAAUAUCUGUUCAAAAUAAGUUUGGAAAAUAAUUUUUGUCUCACAUUUCAGUGGAUUGCUUUCGGUGUUAUUUUGAAUAUCAGAAUGUUUAUAUGAUAGUCUAUUAAACCAAUGAACAUUA